AUGGAUGGACUAUUCCUAUUCCUCUUCCGACUCCUUUCGCAUCAAUGUAUAGUUCUAGGAGGAUUCAUCAUCCUCGCUUGGAGCCUUUUAUUUGUUGCAAAGAUAGUAUUCCAUCCUCUUCGAGAUAUUCCAGGUCCAUUGUGGGCCCGAUUCUCUAGGGUUUGGUACUUGCGUACAGUGAACAAAGGACACUUUGAGAAGAGGAAUAUUGCUCUCCAUCGAGCACAUGGUGCGAACACUGCAUUUUCUAUCAUAUUGAAACCAGUUUUUGCGGCUUAUGCUUAUUUCAUAUCUGUAGGACCAAUUGUCCGAAUAGCUCCCGGGCAAUAUAGCUUGGAUGACGCUGGGGCAGUUCGCAUAAUCUACUCACCUUCUUCGUCUUUCAUCAAGGCACCGUGGUACUCUGCAAGCUCAAAUCCUAACCCCGAAUCUCAUGAUCUGUUCACCGAUAGGGAUUCGCGACGCCAUAGUGCCAAUCGACGAAAGGUUGCAUCAUUGUACAGUAUGACUAGACUUGUCCAGAUGGAAUCGUGCGUCACAGAGUGUACUGCCCUCUUGAUGGAGAGGCUUACUAGGUUUUGUGUAUCCGGUGAGCCGUUCAACUUGCAGCGUUGGAUGCAGUACUAUGCCUUUGAUGUGAUUGGUCUCAUUACGGUCAACAAGCGAUUCGGUUUCUUGGAUAAUGCCACCGACCAGAACUCAUUAAUUGCUUCCCUACAUUAUUAUCUCGUCUAUGCUGCCAAUGUUGGUAUUUACGCAGAGUGGCAUCCUAUAAUAGCCAGGAUCAUGGCAUUUCUCCCAGCGUCCGGAAUAAAGCACUUGCAAUCCUUCACAGCACAACAGAUAUCCGAAGGCAAGAAGAACUUCUUGAAGACACAGAAACCGCAAUCCUCGUCCGAAUCCUUUCUGCAGACGCUCAUACGGUUGAAUACCCAGAAUCCGGAUAAAUUCAGCUUGGCAGACAUCUUCACAACUUGUAUAACCAACAUUGGGGCCGGCUCUGAUACAACCUCCAUCUCUCUUACAGCCAUCUUAUACAAUCUCCUCAAACAUCCGAAUGUCUACCAGAAGCUCCACGAGGAAAUUAAGCAGGCUGAUAACCAGGGUAAACUCUCUUCACCUGCCAUCUCCUUCCGAGAGUCUCAGAGUCUACCAUACUUCCAAGCGUGUGUAAAGGAGGGCUUGCGUUUACACCCUGCAACUGGAUUACCUCUUUCUCGCGUUGUUCCAAAGGGUGGAGCCACAUUAUGUGGUAGAUUCUUCCCUCAAGGCGAGAUUGUUGGCGUCAAUGCAUGGGUUAUCCAUCGAAACAAAUCAAUAUAUGGAAUGGAUGCAGAUUUUUAUCGCCCAGAGAGGUGGAUAGAGAGUCCUGAGCGAUCAUCUGAGAUGGAGCGUAAUUUUCUAGCUCGGGGACGUCAGUUCGGCGCUGGAGCACGAACAUGUAUUGGCAAGAACAUUAGCUUGAUGGAAAUUGGGAAAUUGAUUCCAGAACUUAUUAGACGCUUUGACUUUGAGCUGGUUGAUGAAGGGGUACCUCUGGAUACUCAGAAUGUGUGGUUCGUCAAGCAGACGAAUAUUCAGUGCCGGGUCAGAUUACGGGGGAAAGGCAAGAACCCGAGCAACGACCGUGGAUGCUGA